AUGCGGUUGCUGUUGUUCAUCUCGUUCAUCUUCGUCGGCUUUGUCGCCGUGACCAGCGCGACGGCGAUAGGCCCGAACGCAGAGCGCUUGAAGCGCGGGCUGCCGCCUCUCUCCCCUCGCCGUCCGUUCGAGGCCUCGGCCGUCACUCCUGCCAAGCGAUCUAGCCCUUCCGGUCUACCCUACCUUUGUGAGCUCGGGCCUCUGCAAUGCUGCGAAACAUAUACCGAUACGUCGGAUCCCGUGGCGCAGCUCAUCCUAGGCCUGCUCGGUAUCACCGUCGGGCUCGUCGAGCCGUGCGGCCUCAAUUGCGUUGCUUACUUGCCGACGUGCAAGUUCGAGGUUCUGUGCUGCCUCGACUACUCUUACGUAUGA